AAAAAAAACUGUACAUGAGUUUACAAACAUAUUAACAUAUAAAUAAUGAGAAAGGUCCUAGGGAGCCUCCCAUUGUCUCUGCUGGGGGUGAACACUGGAGGGGCACUGUCCCCACAGGCUUCAUGUCGCUGUGAGGUCUUAUGGCAGCUGCUCUGGAUCCAUUGCUGGCUUCUUUGGCACCUCCAGGUUCAACUGCCAGUCUAUCUUCCACUGUGCUCAUUACGAACUGGAAACCUUGAACCUGCAGCAGUGGCAGCACUAGAGCCCGUCAUCGCUCUGGCUCAAGCUCAUGCUGAAACGGACGCUUCCUCUCCCGGCAGUGCUUCUUGUGGGCAGGCCAGUCCUUCUGCUGGCACUGAGAGCCACAAUAUCGAGCCACCUGGCAACGCCCACAGAUAUUGAACUCCCGAAGCUGCUUCUCAAUCACUGUACAAGGAGGAUAGUGACACUCAUAGUAGGACUGACAGAUGACGAGAUUGACCUGGCUUUCCAGCAGUCAGGCACUGCCACAGAUGAGCCUCCAUCCUUGGGCCUGGCUGCGCCAGUGGCUCCUAUCCAGCCCCCUCACCUCAUCCCGCAGCCAUACAGCCCCGGAGGUUCCCGAUGGCGAGAUUACGGUGCCUUGGCCAUCAUCAUGGCGGGAAUUGCAUUUGGCUUUCACCAGCUCUACAAGAAGUACCUGCUGCCCCUCAUCCUGGGAGGCCGAGAGGACAGGAAGCAGCUAGAGAGGAUGGCGGCGAGUCUCUCCGAACUGAGUGGCAGCGUGGCCCAGACAGUGACUCAGGUACAGACAACGCUGGCCUCUGUCCAAGAGCUACUGAGACAGCAGCAGCAGAAGGUCCAGGAGCUGGCCCAUGAGCUGGCCGCUGCCAAGGCCACCACGUCAACCAACUGGAUCCUGGAGUCCCAGAACAUCAAUGAGCUCAAGUCGGAAAUCAACUCCUUGAAAGGGCUUCUUCUGAAUCGGAGGCAGUUCCCUCCCUCCCCAUCAGCCCCGAAGAUCCCCUCCUGGCAGAUCCCAGUGAAGUCUCCGUCACCCUCCAGCCCCGCAGCCGUGAACCACCACAGCAGCAGUGACAUCUCCCCAGUCAGCAAUGAAUCCACAUCAUCCUCUCCUGGGAAGGAGAGCCACAGCCCUGAGGGCUCCACAGCCACAUACCACCUGCUGGGCCCCCAGGAAGAGGGUGAGGGGGUGGUAGAUGUCAAAGGCCAGGUGAGGAUGGAGGUGCAGGGUGAGGAGGAGAAGAGGGAGGACAAGGAGGACGAGGAGGAUGAGGACGACGAUGUGAGCCACGUGGAUGAGGAGGAUGUCCUCGGGGUACAGAGGGAGGACCGGCGGGGCGGGGAUGGGCAGAUCAAUGAACAGGUAGAGAAGCUGCGGCGGCCAGAGGGUGCCAGCAAUGAGAGUGAGCGAGACUAGGGCUGGCACUUGUUUGCCUGCCUUUCCAGCGACCCAGGACAUCAGUGGCAGGUGGGCAUGAGUCGUGGCUCUGCCUCCAUGAGGGUGGCCAGCAACCCAAGCAGGGAUGGGGCCGUCCUCAGAUGCAGCAGUGUGGGGUUGCAUUUCUGUUCACCAGCCUCCCAGACACCUCCCCCGGCCUCAGCCCUAGCCUUGGCCCUGGUGGCUCUGGCUUUUCACAGCCAGGCGGAGGACUCAGGAGCCUUGUGCUCAAGCCCCUGCUGAACCCCUCCUGGACAGGUGUCUUGUCCAGGUGUGUCCUCUAAGAUCUUGACUACCUGACACCGUGCAUGGCAUCUCCUGCCUCCUGUCACCUUCGUGCAGGGAGAACUAUGCCCCCCUUGGUCUUGCUGUCUCCCACUGUGCCCUGGCUGGCCUGUGGUUUCUUCUUUGCCUGUUCCAAAAGCCAGAGUCCUGGACCUGCCCUUCAUUUGUGGGCCUACCAGGACCCAGCCUCCCCACAGCCAGGUCCUGGCAGACAGAUGCUGCCCUUGGGCACCUGUCCCCAGCCCACCUGCCCUGUUGUCCUGUAUACUACACAAGAGCAUCCUCGCUUGCUGUGUUACGGUUUGGCUACUCGGUGGUGAGGCGUGCUUCUCCCUCCUGCAGUGGAGCCAGGCAGCAGGGCCUUCCUGACCAACAGCCACGUCUGCUCUUCCCACCGAGAAACACAUGUUCAUUUAUGUGAUCAUGUAUAGAUUUCAGAAUAUAAGAUAUGACUGUACAUAAUUGUAAUAAAUAUGAGUUGCCAUAUUUAA